GCCCAACUUAACAAUAUGGUUGUCCCCAAAUCAGCAGAUAAGACACUGUCCAAAAAUGUCCCUUUGGAAACCCACAUCAGUCCAAAACCAUCCCUGUCCCAAAACUCCAAAAGUUGUGAACAUUCAAGCUCUAAUGGGAACUUCUCACCAAACACAAGCCUCGAGCUUCAGCCUCAGGAGUUCACCGAGACUGACGUUCUGCUCUCCAAUGAGCUCUAUGCUGGGUCCAGGUCCAGCAGAUCCAUGAGAGCAAAGGGCGCUGAAGGUUCACCUGGAUCUGAAGAAUCAGUGUGCUCCAUGGUGCUGCAGAUCCUGGUGCCCUUUCUACUGGCCGGGUUUGGGACGGUUUCUGCUGGGUUGCUGCUUGAUGUAGUUCAGAGCUGGGAUGUUUUCCAGGACAUUUCCGAGAUCUUCAUUCUGGUUCCUGCUGUUUUAGGCAUGAAGAGGAACCUGGAAAUGACUCUCGUCUCUAGACUCUCCACUGCUGUGAAUGCUGGGAAACUGGAACCUGCCAGAGAAAAGUGGUUGCUAAUUUCUGGGAACCUGGCACUUAAACAGCUACAAGCCACAGUGUUGGGUCUGUUGGCUUCUCUCAUGGUGACUCUGUUGGGCUGGAUGGCAGAAGGACAGAUGUCCUUGAAUCACUUGGUGCUCCUCUGUUCAACCAGCCUUUCUACAGCUUUCAUGGCAUCGCUGCUGCAAGGUAUUAUUAUGGUGGGAGUGAUUAUUGGCUGUAAGCGGAUGGGAAUUAAUCCUGAUAAUGUGGCCACACCAAUAGCUGCUAGCUUUGGAGAUCUCAUCACUCUCGCCUUGCUGGUGUGCUUCAGUCAGUGGUUCUACUCCUUUAUGGAUCUUUACCCCUACGUGCUGUACCUGGUUGAUCUUUUUUAUUUAUGUUUGAUACCCAUCUGGAUGACCGCCUCUUCCAAACACCCUGCCAGUCACAUCCUGCUCUACACAGGCUGGGAACCAAUCAUUGCAGCAAUGAUCAUCAGCAGUAUUGGAGGUCUUAUUCUAGACAAGACUGUGUCCGAUCCAAACUUGAUGGGAAUCGUCAUUUACGCUCCAGUCAUAAAUGGUGUUGGUGGAAACAUCAUCUCCAUUCAGUCAAGUCGCAUUUCUACUCAUCUGCAUUUGAAUUACUCACCUAGAGAGCUUCCAGAGGGCCAUAAAAGAUGUUUGAAUCCAUGUCACACCUUCUUUCGAUCAGGUAUCCAUUUUACAUUAUAUUGGUCAAUACUCUACUCAUUUUAUGGCUUUCACAUAUGA